AUGUUUCAUAGACUUCAAAGGGUCUUCAAACCGAAUUCAUGCCCACAACACGAGGCCAUACGUUCCAACGAUGAUGGCAUCCUUGAUACAAUUAACUAUAUACUACCAUUCGCACCAAUUUUGUCUCCGCCCACUUUUUUCGCGGACACCGUCAUCAAACUAGCGUCGCGUCUGAUGCACGUACUGAGGGAAUAUUGCUCACUGAGAGAGUUGUGUGGAAACUCGAUUGACUUGGGUGGAGCCAGCAGAACAGAAAAGGUGUUUUUACGCCUGAUGUUACCGAUAUUUAUCAGACUGGGGCCGGGGCGUCCAGAUGCUCCAAAGGCGUCCUUCGAAGACGUCUCCUAUGCGCUGAGUUGUUUCUUGUUAACAGUGGUUACGAAGAACCCAUCCACUCCCGGGACUGGUCCAGUGCGGCUCUCAUUUUCCGAUGAAGACCUGGAAUUACCACGUUCCCUGACGUUUGCAACACCUCACGAAUCCACGACAUCAUUUGAGGAGAUUUCAGAAAGCUUGUACUGUGCAGCUUAUCUUGGACUAAAGGUACUGAUGGUCUGCUGUGAGGAUCGUCUGGCCACUGAAUGGUACAGAAUAUAUCAGGCCAUGGAAACUAUAGUGGCGGGGCAGAUAACUAAUGUAGGUUUUUGGGACUUCAUGAAUUUCUGCGUGUCAUACCGGACUCCACUCUUCUUGUUGAUUUGCCCGCUCAUUAGAACAAAGGUCUCUCAUCUCCGUCCCAAAAACAAAACUGAACGUGCUCUCAAGCAAAGAGUGUUGACCAAGAUAUCACGCCCACCUCUGGUCGUGAACUCUCGCAAUGCUCUCAUCACCCGCUUCCUUGAGGAACUAUCUUUCAUCAAACAGAAGCGCCCAGCGGCAGGCUUUCAAGAUGUUGAGGAAGGCGAAGAAGAAGACGUGCAGAAAGAAGAAAAGAAGCCGCUGGUACUACAGGCUCCCCCUCUAGGCAGAGAACGCUCCUCCAGUGCACCGGAGGAACCAGCUACUGAUUCUAAGGACGUGAAACUCCCGCCCCCACUUACACGCUCUGUUAGCCUGAAAGCGAAAAAAACUGUGUCAUUUUCGCCAUCCCCAAGCUUUGAAGAUGAUCGAGGAUCUGCAGCUUCAUCUCUCGGCGAUGUUCGCAGCGGGAAAGAAAAAAGGAAAAAGUGGCUUUUACGUAAACAGGAAACAGUUGAAGAACAAGAUGGUAACAAUGAAAAGGAUCUCAUGGAUACUAAUACAAGCCAAGGCCCUUUUGCGCACCAACGAGGUACUACCAUGAGGCCUGGAAAGGUGCCCACAGGAAGAGGGCCCCGAAGUGGCUUUGAAAAACUGCGAGCUGUAACAUCAGAAAGGAAAUCAUCGAACCCAUCGGCUGAGGUGGAAACUAAAAUCGAGAGCCCAACCAGCGGAAUUGUGGAGAGCCAAGGCGAGAGAUUUGAAAUGAAGUUUUUCGAGACAGAUAUUUUGGUCACUGACUCUAAGAUGGAAGCAGCCCCUGAAAGAAAACGCUCUCGAUAGAACGCUGACGCCCCCGAUAGCGAAACCCGAGUCUGUGAUGAUUACCCUGUCUCCUGACGGUUCACCGUCUGGACAGUCUCCAGCCAGUGAGAUGAAGCAUCCGUAUCCAGACAUUUUGGAGUCCUUAACACCAUUGUCUCCCAUUCCUCCUGUAAAAUUCAGCUCACAAUCGGGUGAGAAGCACGAUUCUGAGAACGCAAGGAAUGGAACGAUUGCGCCUGAAAGCAACCUUGCAGCGGAUUACGACGUAGAGCGUGCACAGCGGCUGAACAAGACUCGCUGGUGGAACAAAGUUUAUUCCAAUGUUGAAAUAAUUUCCACUGAUGAAGACAGUCAACGGUUUCAAAGUUUUGAAAUUUCUCUAUCAGAAGUAUCUGAAGUGCAAAGGGAGACGAACGUAUGACUUACGAAAACUAGUAUCAGCAUGUGUAAAGAAUACGACGUGAACCACUUCUUCCUGUUGACGGCAAAUCAUCUUGGGGCUGGCAUAGAUGAAUUUAUUAUUCCACCAUUACUCCAUUUCACCGUAUUAGGGCGGUGGAACACGAAAAAUACGCCGCGGUAUUUCUGUAAGACAGGAUAAAAAACGGACGCAAAGCAAGCAAUAAAAUAACGGCAUUAAAAUA